UCUCCUUCACCUUCUCAUCAGCAUUCAACACAACACACUCACCUUUGAUUUGGGCAAAAUGUCAGCAAUCUCAUCAUCGUCUAGGGUUUUGAUCAAACCACCUCAUGUAGAUCUCGAUUUUGCGUCGAAAUUUCCGAUUGGUUUUGUGAAAUUUUCGUGUUUUUCACCAUCGUCAUCCUCUGUUUUGAGUUUGUCAAGAAGAAGAAGAGUCGUGCGUUGUAGUUCGACGGUGGAUGAAGAGAAUCUGGUGUUGAGUAGUGGUGUGUUGUUUCAGCCAUUUCUAGAAGUGAAGAAGGAGGAGUUCAUGGUACCGAUAUCUCCUCAGGCGUCACUUGCUCGUCAAAGGUAUUUUGAUGAUUGUGAAGCCGCCAUCAAUGAGCAGAUCAAUGUGGAAUACAAUGUGUCGUACGUGUACCAUGCCAUGUACGCAUACUUCGAUAGGGAUAAUGUAGCCCUCAAAGGCCUCGCCAAAUUUUUCAAGGAAUCAAGUGAUGAAGAAAGGGAUCAUGCAGAGAAGUUGAUGAAAUAUCAGAAUACACGAGGUGGAAGAGUGAAGUUGCAUAGUAUAGUUAAUCCGCCUUCUGAGUUUGAACAUGCUGAAAAGGGUGAUGCCUUAUAUGCAAUGGAGUUAGCAUUGUCCCUAGAGAAGCUAACCAAUGAGAAACUCGUCUGCUUACACGGGGUGGCAGAUAGAAACAAUGAUCCGCAAAUGACAGACUUCAUUGAGGGCGAGUUUUUAGCCGAGCAGGUUGAAGCAAUAAAGAAAAUUGCAGACUAUGUCUCUCAACUUAGAAGAGUUGGGAAAGGCCAUGGGGUAUGGCACUUUGAUCAAAUGCUGCUUCAUGAGGGUGAGGGUGCAUUAUGAAGAAAUCGUCGUAGGCUUUGUUUGGUUGUAUCUUUAGCAUAAUAACUUGUACUUUGCUCAAUUAUAUGUCUCUCGUCUUGUGAUUCUAGUUUGUUAAAGGUUUUUAUUUACUACUAUAAACUAUUAUAGUUUUUAUGCUCCAUAAUAAGCCUUUUCGCAUU